CUGGGCGAGUCUUCUGAAAGCAAGUUUUUACGCAGGCAAGGCUUCUGCCUUGCCUGCACCUCUCCCAACAUAGUGUAGAUUGAGUGUGCGAAGAAUGGAAUAAAAUCUCUUCUUGUCUGAACAAGUCUCAUUUCGCCUCCACAAUUAUUACGCACCACAACGACCACGACGAUACACACCCCAUCUUCUCUUCCCACCCGAAUAGCCGAGUGAUGUGGGGUCAUUGCUGGUGAACCACACCCGGGGCUCAUCACAAUAUUUACUCAAAUAUUCAAAAAUACUUCAACCAGUCCCACAGGUCUAAACUUUGUGUGACGCACGUGUGCAAAUUAUUUAAUUGAUACAUAAGUUUUAAUGGGAGACAAUCAUUGUCCCCGUGUCACCAAUUAACCAAUCAAUACACAUGGGAACAAUAAAGGCAUGAUUAAAUCGAUUUACUAAUCCACCCGACCAAACAAAAUUUUCACCGGGGCAAACAUCCUGUUUACUAGACACAUUGGUUUUCUAACAAUUUAACAUCCUAAAACGGGAAUGACCGCAAGUUAGAGGUCGACAUCACAACCCCACGACGACAUGGCUCUUAACCCGUGCUACUGUGGGAUCUCUAUGCAGAUGGCGUGCAAAAUUAUUGCGUUUGUUCAAAUGCUCAGCUGUACUUUCUCCCUGGUGACGGGAAUUCUUGGUUUGACGGGCAGCGGAAACGUUAUGGAACUCAGAGGCAAAGAGUAUGACGAGAAGGACGACUUAUUAGACCCCGAUGUGGAACGUAUUGUUUGGUCGAUUGUGAUUGGCGUUGCGGGAGUAGGGCUGAUUUUGGCCAUUCUGCUUUUCCAAGCGGCUAGAAAGAAAAAACGACACGUCCUGUUCAUCUGGUUCUUUCUGAGGUGCAUCGUAAUUGUCAUGCUGUUCGUGAAAUUUGUCCACGAUUGUAUCCACGUCAGGUCGGGCGGGGUUUCCAGCCUGAUUGUGAGUGCGCUCAACAUAUUCCUCGACAUGUACUGCGCCUUCGUCGUGUGGUGCUAUUGGCAGGAGGUGAAAACCGGAGAAGGCGGGGGAACGGUAUAAAUAUCGAUAUUUUGAGGGAGAUGAGACAUCGAGAUUAUUCAAAGUUUCUCACGUCAGAAUAGUGCAUUGUUUUUUAGAAAAGUUAAAUAUUUUGCUGUUUAAUUUCUACUCUUUCGAUGUAAAUACUUACGUAUCCGUCAUAAAGUUGUUUAGUUAGGCUUAUGCAUGCUUACCUCGAUACUUGGGACAGCUGUUUAUGCACAUGCUCCUCAAACCAUUGAAAGAAUGAGAUCGCUAUUUGCAUCGAAGAAUGAGGAUGGUUUCCCGCAUCAACUAAGUUAUCGUUUGUACAUUAUUUUGCUUUGUUUAUUCAUUUUGUCAGUUUUAAGCGUCAAAAUUUUGACAAACAACACGUACGUACGAACAACUUCAUCGGUGAUGUGAAAGGAAAAGUUCAGUUGUGUGCUUGCGUACUUAACCAACAACUUUAUUUGACAAAUCUUUAAGGAAAAAUAAAUCAUUUGUUUAUUUAUUAAAUA